AUGCUUGAAAAGACUGCAAAUAUCGUUCAAAGCAUAGUGGAGGCGGCAGAAAGCGGUAAUGUGGAGGAUUUUAUGCGUCUCUACUUGAGCGAGCCAUCACGACUGGAUGUACGUGAUCCGCGCGGUCGCACCCCGGCUCACCAGGCCGCAGCCAGGAACAACACCAACAUCCUGCACUUCAUUAAUAACUAUGGUGGUGAUUUAGGUGUUCGCGAUAAUGCUGGAAAUACACCUUUACACGUAGCAGUGGAAAAUGAAGCUCUAGAUGCCAUAGAAUUCCUGCUUCAACAACAUGUCGAUACAGGUGUUUUGAAUGAAAAAUCACAGGCACCGAUACACUUGGCGACCGAAUUGAAUAAGGUGGCAGUUCUGCAAGUUUUCGCAAAAUACAAAAGUCAGAUCAAUGUGGACCUCGGAGGGGAACAUGGACGCACUGCUUUGCACUUCGCCGCCAUACAUGACCAUGAUAUGUGCGCCAGGGUCUUGAUGUCAGAUUUGGGUGCAGAAUGCAAGCGUCCAUGCAAUAAUGGUUAUUAUCCAAUCCACGAGGCUGCGAAAAAUGCUUCAUCUAGGACUAUGGAGGUGUUUCUACAAUGGGCAGAGUCUAGAGGCUGUAGUAGAGAUCAAAUGAUCUCACUAUAUGACAACGAAGGGAACGUACCAUUACAUUCAGCAGUACAUGGCGGUGAUAUUAAAGCUGUGGAACUAUGUCUAAGGUCAGGUGCGAAAAUUUCAACUCAGCAACACGAUUUGUCUACGCCGGUUCACCUUGCAUGUGCCCAGGGUGCUUUAGAAAUUGUCAAAUUAAUGUUUGAAAUGCAACCGAAAGAGAAAAUGGCUUGUUUAAUGUCGUGUGACGUUCAAAAAAUGACUCCACUACACUGUGCCGCUAUGUUCGAUCAUCCUGAUAUAGUAAACUACUUGAUUUCUGAGGGUUCAGAUAUUAAUCCUUUGGAUAAGGAGAGGAGGUCACCGCUUUUGCUAGCUGCUUCAAGGGCAGGCUGGAGAACAGUGCAUACAUUGAUCCGCUUGGGUGCCGACAUUGAGCUUAAGGAUAUAAACUUAAGAAAUAUAUUGCAUCUGGUCGUAAUGAACGGCGGUCGCCUUGAAGAGUUCGCAGCUAACUGCAAAAAUCGUUGCGAGAAGAGUUUAAUACUAUUAUUGAAUGAAAAAGAUAACACAGGCUGCUCGCCGCUGCAUUAUGCGAGCCGUGAAGGACACAUCAGAUCCCUCGAAAACCUCAUUCGACUUGGAGCUUGCAUCAAUCUCAAGAAUAAUAACAAUGAGAGCCCAUUACAUUUUGCUGCUAGAUACGGUCGCUAUCACACAGCUUGUCAGCUCCUAGAUUCAGAUAGAGGAACGUUCAUAAUUAACGAAAGUGAUGGCGAAGGGUUAACACCGUUGCAUAUUGCUUCUCGAGAAGGUCAUACUAGGGUGGUACAGCUCCUCUUGAAUCGAGGUGCAUUACUUCAUAGAGAUCAUAACGGACGCAAUCCCUUGCAUCUAGCUGCAAUGAGUGGAUAUACUCAAACUAUUGAGCUGCUACAUUCCGUUCACUCACAUUUGCUGGAUCAGGUCGAUAAGGAUGGAAAUACACCACUACACCUAGCUACUAUGGAAAACAAGCCAAAUUCAAUUGCAUUACUGCUGUCAAUGGGAUGCGGUUUGACCUACAACAAUCUUGACAUGAGUGCAAUAGACUACGCUAUAUAUUACAAAUUUCCAGAAGCAGCACUGGCGAUGGUUACUCAUGAACAAAGAGCAAAAGAAGUAAUGGCACUCCGUUCGGAUCGUCAUCCAUGCGUUACACUUGCACUAAUCGCCUACAUGCCACGUGUAUUUGAAGCAGUUCAAGACAAAUGCAUUACAAAAGCAAACUGCAAGAAAGAUUCUAAAAGUUUUUACAUCAAGUACAGCUUCGAUGCACUAUGUCCUCAAGUAAAGGACGAAGACGGUAACAGGAAAACAGAGAAUGUCCUACAAUCGCAGAAUAUACCAUUGCCAGCUCUUAACGCAAUGGUAGCGCAUGGUAGAGUAGAACUGUUAGCUCACCCACUUAGUCAAAAAUAUUUACAAAUGAAGUGGAAUUCUUAUGGAAAAUAUUUUCACUUGGCGAAUCUUCUCGUUUAUUGUAUUUUCCUGACGUUCGUUACCGUUUACACUUAUCUUCUCAUGAAUGGUGUCUCUAAGUCCAGCUUCCACGUAAAUCAUACAAGUAUAUGUCCAUCAUCGAACAAACUAUUUAAUAACAAUGCAAGUGACAGUGUAAAGAACGGUACUGAAACAAUUAAUAUCCCGGGUGAUUUUGAGAAAGUUGUGGCAAUGUGUACCAGUACCACGGCUAUACUAAUUUAUAAUAGUAUUUGUCUUAUACGCGAGGCUUACAACAUUAAACAACAAAAAUGGCAUUAUUUAGUAGAUCCAUCUAACCUAGGAUCUUGGGUGUUAUACAUUAGCUCUACUGUAAUGUUGUUUCCGUCGAUUUUCGGCGAAAAUUGCGACGUUCAGUUCUCCGCUGCAUCUAUAACGGCAUUAUUAGCCUGGUUCGAGUUACUCCUGCUUCUUCAACGCUUCGAUCAAGUUGGCAUCUACGUAGUGAUGUUCUUGGAGAUUCUACAGACACUUAUCAAAGUGUUAAUGGUGUUCUCCAUUCUAAUCAUCGCUUUUGGCCUGGCGUUUUAUAUAUUACUUUCUAAAGGUAACCACUUGUCAUUUAGUAGCAUUCCCAUGUCUCUAAUGAGGAUCUUCGCGAUGAUGCUUGGAGAAAUUGACUUCGUUGGAACAUACGUACAGCCAUAUUACAAAUCUGAGACCGAUGUCAGUCUACCAUUCUCAAUGUCAACGUUUUUCAUACUGGCCGUUUUCAUGGUUCUAAUGCCGAUUCUCUUAAUGAAUUUACUCAUCGGUUUGGCUGUGGGUGAUAUCGAAAGUGUACGAAGGAACGCCCAGCUUAAGCGUUUGGCAAUGCAGGUAGUGCUGCACACUGAAUUGGAACGGAAACUACCGGCGUUUAUUCUAGAAAAAGUUGAUAAAGAUGAAUUAAUUGAAUAUCCGAACACAAAUAAAUGUAAACUGGGUUUUUUGGAUAUAAUUCUAAGAAAAUGGUUCUGCAACCCAUUCACUGACGAUGCAACGGGAUUGGAUCUGGUAUUGGAAAGUAGCGAAGACUACAUCUCGGCGGAGCUCGAUAAACAAAAACGUCGAUUGCGAGAAAUGUCGCAACUUCUUGAACAACAACACGUUUUAAUUAGAUUAAUUGUGCAGAAAAUGGAGAUAAAAACUGAAGCUGAUGAUGUCGACGAGGGUGUGACAUUCAGUGAAUCCCGCGUGGUUCCUCGCUGGACCUCACCUAGGAACCGCAAGAAGUUGAGGUCGGCGGCCUCUUUUAACAAAAGUGGCUGA